AUGACAGGAUGGGGCGAGGCUAGGAAGACGAAGAAAGGCAAGUCGCCCCUAAAAUCGCCACAACCAAAGUCCCGCAAAGUCCAUGCGGGGCAGCAUGCAGAGGAGCAGCAAGCUGGUACAUCGUCCAGCCCCAAGACAUCCAAGCCACCAGAAGGCCGCAAAGUCGAAGUCAAGCCCAAGCUGUUGCGUCGAAGUUCGUCCGAAGGCAGUGCAUAUAUGCUGGUGAAACAAAAGAACAAAGAGGCCCAGCACAAGAUGUUGACGACUUCGUUUCCAGAUGACUACUCGGAAGCCUCGCUCUUGGACACCAUGUCGUCUUGGCUGGGCCGCCUCCUCGGACUCAAUGCGACGCCACACUCGAUGGACAAGAUCCUUCCGUUCCUCUUCCUCGGCAACGACCACGCCGCCAGCCACCUGCCCGACCUCCGCAAAGCCGGCAUCACCCACGUGUGCAAUGUCGCGACCCAAUGCAACGACCACUUUCCCGACCACUUUGAAUACCUCCACCUCCAUCUCUUCGACUCGCCGACCCAGAAACUGGCCAAACACAUCAAGGCUGCGGGCGCGUUUAUUCAUCGCGCCAAGCACACGAACGGCCGCGUGCUCGUGCAUUGCGUUGCAGGCGUGUCUCGAUCCGUGUGUGUCGUGGUGGCGUACCUGGUUGAGCACUGUCACAUGCCCCUCGUGCAAGCGUACGACUAUGUCAAGCGAAAACGACCAGUGAUGUGCCCCAGCGAGUCGUUUCGUAUGCAGUUGGCCAUGUACGAGAUUGCUCUGUUUGAAUCGUCGUCGGUGCUGUCGACUUCCAACUCGGACUGGGACUUUUACGAACUCAACAUGUAUCGGCAAACCAGAAGGCGGCAUUAAUAUUAUUAGGUCAUGCAACUAUUUAACGCUAAAAUAGAUUUAACCCUCGU